AUGGACAUUAACAGUCGAGUAGGAACUGAUGUCUCCAGUAGUAGAAAGAAAUUAAUGAGCGAAAAAGAAGAAAUUUCCCUCCCGGAAACCGAUAAGUUUUCUGAAAAAGGUGAUUUGGAUGAAAUACAGGCUGUAUGUGUGCAAGCGCAAGCCAGAUGUAAUGGUUCCACGCUAACAGGCUCUAAUCUGACUGCAGAAGACGAGCAAAAAACAACACGCACCCACAAGACCGUGAAUAAAAACCCUAGCUGUGAAUCUGAUGCUGGCACUUAUAGAGAUCCAGUGGGAGAAAGUUGCCCCAGGUUGCCCAAUUGGGUGGAAGCGAGCUGUUCCCCUACCGCCAGCCACAGCCCCGUUCGUACUGAAAUGGGGGAGCAGAAUUCCACCCUCAUUGAUUUUAUCGAUCUUCCGUUUGUUGCGGACUCAAGAAAUGAUGAGUUAAUAGAAAUCCCAUUCACGAUCCAAUCUGAAACGUUUAAAGUUCCGAUCGCAUGCCCGGAUGAUUUACUCGAGGGGGAGGAUAGCUAUUGGCGUCCUGGGAAGCCCCUUCGCAUUUCUUUUACCACGUGGAACAUGGCAAAACGGAGGCCGAGAAUGGAUGAAGUGGAAUCUGUCUGCAUUCACCCUAAUGCGCACCUGAUUGCUGUAGGGACUCAGGAGAAUGGACAUCUCGUGAACAACCAGCAACGUCACUCGCGCUGGGUGAAAGAUAUUGCAUCUAGAUGUCUUAAAAACCAAUACGCGCUUGUCGGCACCAGAUGUUUGUGGGGAAUUCAUCUUGUGCUCUUUGCGCGUCGACGUGAUGUGGCCGGCUACGUUUCGCAUGUUCACGGCUCCGAGGUUCGAAGGGGGUUGUUCGGCAUAUGCGGCAACAAGGGCGCCGUGGCUUUAGCCCUAGCGCUGUCAAUGACCCCCCGGCAGGAGCCAUUUUACCCGUCUCCAUCCGAACCAUUCGAUGCAUCCCCCGUUACCCCUACUAUAAUCGAAUCCAAGUGCUCCCCCAAUCGCAACCGCACUCGUGACACUUUGUCCAAUUCGGUCGGCAUAUUAAACGUACCCCAAAAGGGGAUAUUGCUUCCAUCUAUUCAGCCUCGGCACCAAAGCCACACUGGAGUUCAGAAUCCCAGCAAUGAGCUCUUCUGUGAUGUUGAUAACAUUAUGACACCUUCCCCCACCCCUGACAUGAAGCUCCAUUUACCGAAAGGUUUGAGGGCUCCUGGUGGGACUCCACAGGUGAGACCUUUAUUCUGUUGGAAUUCUAACAUGAGAUUGGAGACCUCUAGUGUGGGAUAUAAGGCUGAAAAAAAAGAUAAUACAACUUCUGUCCAGAAAGAGAUUUUUCUACCUUCUCAAGACUCUUGUUCAGACCUAUCGAAGCAGCAGACACGUUCCAUUGGAUCUCUAGCCCUCAUGGUGCAACCACAAACGCCUGAGAAGACCAUAGAUGUCGCUCCGCACUUAGACCAACCCUCAUUGAAUCCGCCUUUUCUGACUCUCUUGCUCAUUUCCGCUCAUAUGGCGCCACACCAGAGUGCUGUGCAGGAUCGAAACAUGGACUACCGACACAUUGUGCACAAACUCCGUGUAGGUCUUCGUGGGAAAUAUCAUGAAUUCUUUAAGAAAUUGAUUGAAAAAAGGAAAAAAAAUAAACCACUGUCUGAAAACGUCCGCCGCCCCUUCGAAACAAACCUAGUUGAGAGGGACUCCGACUCAAAUGACAGAGAGGGGGAUGGCGAAACGAGUGCCACCUCCUACUCAUCGCUGGACAAGAGGGGGGAACCACAUCUACCUGAGCUAAAGCCCCCUUCUCCUUCGACCUUCCCCACAAAAGGUCAGAACAAGGAGCUUCGACACGACGUUACGGAGGAUUUCGACUUCACUAUCUUCGGUGGGGACCUGAACUAUAGAAUAAACGGUACACGCUCGGCAAUCGAAUCCAUUGUUGAACGCCACCGUAACAUCCGUUCGAUUCUCAUCAAUAACGAUCAACUGACUCAGGAGAGGGCGAAAAAGGCGGUGUUUCAUCAUUUCAAAGAGGGGAGGAUAAAUUUUAGGCCAACGUACAAGUACGAAAUACACCCUUCAGGUAGCAUCAUUUUGAAUGAGCGUAACUUCUCUCGCAAGAAAAUGAGAAUGCCGGCGUAUUGUGAUCGCAUUUUAUUUAAAAAAACGCAUGGCUCCAGCGCUGGACACGUUACAGUUCGCCUAUACACAGACGUGCCGGGUGUCUACACCAGCGAUCACCGUCCGGUAGCUAACAUCUUAGAUAUCGACACGAGUGCCUCGUGUGGAGCAGUGUAA